CCUCUCUGUUUCUCUCUCCCUUUUGUGACGACCCAGCUGCUCCAUUCUGCAAGCUCUAAUUGCGUCUCAAGAAGUUCACCAAACUGAAAAGCGUGACGGGAAGCAGGUCGAUGGCCGGAAUCUGACCGAGCGAAGGCGCUGGAAAAAAGGAAAUCCACGAUUCUCGAGGGAUCCAGAUGGCGGCGGCGACUCACCCUCAAUCCGAGCCGGAUUCCGUGGGCUACGCCGACUCAGUCGGCUCCUCCCCGCGCUCCACCACGUUGAGCCGCGGCAGCGAGGCCGAAUACCACCAGAGAUGGGCCGAGGAUGGGCAGGCACGAGUCCGCUUCAUGUGCUCCUUCGGCGGGCGGAUUCUCCCCCGCCCCCACGACAACCAGCUCCGGUACGUCGGCGGAGAAACAAGGAUCGUUGCCGUAGGCCGAAACACAGGAUUCGCGGGCCUGAUGGCGAAGCUAUCGAAGAUCGCCGGCGACGACGUGACCGUGAAGUACCAGCUUCCGAACGAGGACCUCGACGCCCUAAUUUCUGUAACGACCGACGAGGAUGUCGAGAACAUGAUAGAAGAGUUCGAUCGCCUAUCCAUUUCCGGAGGUCGCGCGGCUAGACUCAGGCUAUUCCUCUUUCCCGCGUCGUCCACCAGCCGAUCGGACGGCCUUGGUGCCUUCCUUGAUGGAUCCAAGCGGGGGGAUUGGUUCUUAGAUGCCCUUAACGGCGGCGGAUCCUCUAGGGGCGGCCCCGUUCCCGAGCUCGAGCGGCGGCGAUCGGAGGCAUCGUCGGUCGUAUCUGAGGUGCCAGACUACCUCUUCGGCUUCGAUCAUCCUGAAGCCAUGGACCGAGAUGACGGCGUCCAGAGGCCGCCGGCCGCUCCGAAGUCAAAACUGCGGCCGAUUGCCGGGGAUCAGGCGUCCGCUUCCGAAUCUGGAUCCCCUGCACCUCCAGCAACACCUCAGCACAUCUCUACACCUACUUCCGCGAUGUCCGUCCCGCCGAUUCCCGAUCUCCCCCCGCUCAAGAUCAAGCCAGAGGGCGAUCCGCUGACCGCCCCUCGAGCAAGUAGGGCAGAACCUCCGAAUCCGGCUGCCGAGGGUUUCCCGAAUCUGAGCUUCUCUCGCCAAGAACAGGUGUGGCCAUAUCUACCCGAAUCUCACUAUCCCGCCGGAAACCCGCCGGUUGCGCCGAUGCCGGUUUAUUACAUUCCGGCUGGAGCUGUCCCGUUUUCCUACGGUCAGCCGAUGGUGCCGACAAGCGUAAUCCCUCCAGCGAACCUGCCUCUCCCGACGGUCCUGCUGCAUAGGGCCUCGCAGGGCCAAGUGUACCGAAGUGUGGCGCCGGAGACGAGGCCAGCCGCCGAGACCUUCGAUUACCCGACCGGCAUGAUCCAGGAGGGGGCAGUUCCGCAACCGGUAUACUAUGCACCCAGAAUGUACCCGGUGGGGACUCCGGCGGCUUCCGAUGGCCAACUAGGCGGCAACGCAGCGGACAUGAUCGGCAGAAUUUCUCAGACGCAGCAGAAAUAGCGGUUUCCAACCCGCUAACGGUUCCCGCGCAAUGACCCAGACUGUAGUCGCGGUGGCCUCAUCUACUUUCGCGCGAUUGUUUACCGAAAUUUUUUUGGUCAACGGUGAGACGUGUUCUUCGUUAGGACAAUCAUGACGUUUUAAUUUGCGUAAACAUAUGUGUAUGGAUGUCCUUGGUCGUUGGCCUUACAGGGUAUCUCUGUCAUUUCCAUAUUGUGAAUGUAAGAGCUUUGAUGGUUUGUGUA